AUCACACAAAAGGGGUAUGAGAAGAAGAGAGCAAAGCUGCUGGCUCCAUAUGUUCCACAAACCCAAGGGGUUGAUCCAGCAUUACAAAAGGAAUCCAGAACUCAGAUGCCUGUUCCAUCUGCAACUCCAGCCUCAGCAUCAUCCGCAUCCUCAUCCAAAUUUCACCGAGCUCGCUCAGGGGGAGCCAGAGAUGAACGCUAUCGAUCUGAUAUCCACACAGAAGCAGUUCAAGCAGCACUGGCAAAACACAAAGAACAGAAGAUGGCCCUGCCCAUGCCAACGAAAAGACGGUCUACGUUUGUUCAAUCUCCAGCUGAUGCCUGCACUCCCCCAGACACGUCUUCCGCAUCCGAGGAUGAGGGGUCGCUAAGGCGCCAAGCUGCUCUUUCUGCUGCAUUGCAUCAGAGCUUACAGAAUGCUGAGUCUUGGAUCAACCGAUCUAUUCAGGGGUCAUCCACAUCUUCAUCAGCAUCUUCUACACUUUCCCAUGGAGAAGGCAAAGGGACCAGUGGGUCACUAGCUGAUGUAUUUGCCAAUACUCGAAUAGAAAAUUUCUCAGUUCCUCCAGAUGUCACAGCAACUACCUCCUCUUCCUCAGCACGCCCAGCAGCGAUUGACCUUCCUCCUUCAGGGAUCGUGAAAGGCAUGCACAAGGGAUCUAAUCGAUCUAGCCUCAUGGAUACUGCUGAUGGUGUUCCUGUGAGUAGCAGAGUCUCCACGAAAAUUCAGCAGUUGCUUAACACCUUGAAAAGACCCAAAAGGCCACCAUUGAAAGAAUUUUUUGUGGAUGAUUUCGAAGAAAUUGUGGAAGUUCCACAGCCUGACCCAAAUCAGCCCAAGCCAGAGGGACGCCAGAUGACACCUGUGAAGGGAGAACCCCUGGGAGUUGUUUGCAACUGGCCUCCUGCCUUAGAAGCAGCACUGCAGCGUUGGGGAACCACACAAGCUAAAUGCCCCUGUCUGACAGCACUGGAUGUUACAGGAAAACCAGUUUAUACCCUCACGUAUGGCAAAUUGUGGAGCAGAAGUCUCAAGCUGGCCUACACACUGCUUAAUAAACUGGGGACCAAAAAUGAACCCGUGUUAAAACCUGGAGAUAGGGUAGCCCUUGUUUAUCCCAACAAUGACCCAGUCAUGUUUAUGGUGGCAUUUUACGGCUGUCUCCUAGCUGAAGUCAUACCAGUGCCUAUAGAGGUACCUCUUACCAGAAAGGAUGCUGGUGGUCAGCAGAUCGGUUUUCUGCUGGGAAGCUGCGGUAUUGCUUUGGCCCUCACCACUGAAGUUUGUCUGAAAGGACUUCCGAAAACUCAAAAUGGAGAAAUUGUGCAGUUUAAAGGUUGGCCCAGACUCAAAUGGGUUGUGACAGAUUCUAAAUAUCUCUCCAAAUCUCCUAAGGACUGGCAGCCCAACAUCUCAGCUGCAGGAACUGAGCCAGCAUAUAUUGAGUAUAAGACAAGCAAAGAGGGCAGUGUUAUGGGUGUUACAGUGUCUCGGAUUGCCAUGCUGUCUCACUGUCAAGCCUUGUCUCAGGCCUGCAACUAUUCUGAAGGUGAAACAAUAGUGAAUGUUUUGGAUUUUAAGAAGGAUGCAGGGUUGUGGCAUGGCAUUCUAACGAAUGUAAUGAACAAACUGCAUACUAUCAGUGUGCCCUAUUCUGUGAUGAAAACCUGUCCACUCUCAUGGGUGCAGAGAGUUCAUGCCCACAAAGCAAAAGUUGCUUUAGUCAAGUGUCGAGACUUGCACUGGGCCAUGAUGGCCCAUCGAGACCAAAGAGACGUCAGUUUGAGUUCUCUACGCAUGCUGAUUGUAACUGAUGGUGCAAAUCCUUGGUCUGUUUCCUCAUGCGAUGCCUUUCUGAGCUUGUUUCAGAGCCAUGGGCUUAAACCAGAGGCAAUUUGUCCAUGUGCCACAUCUCCAGAAGCGAUGACUAUUGCAAUACGGAGGCCUGGGGUCCCCGGGGCACCUUUGCCUGGAAGAGCCAUCCUGUCCAUGAAUGGGCUGAGUUUUGGUGUGAUUCGUGUCAACACUGAAGAUAAAAACUCUGCUCUCACUGUCCAGGAUGUUGGCCAUGUGAUGCCAGGAGGAAUGAUGUGUAUAGUGAAACCUGAUGGACCACCUCAGCUCUGUAAAACAGAUGAGAUUGGUGAAAUCUGUGUUAGCUCCAGAGCAGGAGGAAUGAUGUAUUACGGGCUGGCAGGGGUGACAAAGAAUACAUUUGAGGUUAUCCCUGUGAACUCGGCUGGCUCUCCAGUGGGUGAUGUGCCAUUUGUCCGUUCCGGCUUGCUGGGGUUUGUUGGACCUGGCAGUUUGGUGUUUGUGGUUGGAAAAAUGGAUGGAUUGCUGACAGUUAGCGGACGUAGACAUAAUGCCGAUGACAUUGUAGCAACUGGAUUGGCAGUAGAGUCAAUAAAAACAGUUUACAGAGGAAGGAUUGCUGUGUUCUCAGUAUCUGUCUUCUAUGACGAGAGGAUUGUGGUGGUUGCAGAGCAGAGGCCAGAUGCAUCUGAAGAGGACAGUUUUCAGUGGAUGAGUCGAGUGCUGCAGGCAAUUGACAGCAUUCACCAAGUGGGUGUAUAUUGCCUUGCUCUUGUGCCAGCCAAUACGUUGCCAAAAACUCCGUUGGGAGGGAUCCAUAUCUCUCAAACUAAACAGCACUUUCUGGAAGGCUCUCUGCAUCCGUGCAACAUCCUCAUGUGCCCACAUACGUGUGUGACGAACUUGCCAAAACCCAGGCAGAAACAACCAGGCGUUGGCCCUGCCUCUGUGAUGGUGGGGAACCUGGUUGCUGGGAAGCGUAUUGCUCAAGCCUCUGGAAGGGAUCUUGGUCAAAUAGAAGACAAUGAUUUAGUUAAAAAGCACCAGUUCCUGACGGAGGUAUUACAGUGGAGAGCUCAAGCAACUCCUGACCACCCACUCUUCCUUUUAUUAAAUGCCAAGGGAACCACUGUGUGCACAGCCACCUGCCUUCAGUUGCACAAAAAAGCAGAGAGAAUUGCAUCAGUUCUGUGUGACAAAGGACAUCUCAAUGCGGGAGAUAAUGUGGUGCUUCUUUAUCCUCCUGGCAUUGAGCUAAUCACCGCGUUCUAUGGCUGUUUGUAUGCUGGCUGCAUCCCCGUGACCGUGAGACCACCUCAUGCUCAGAGCCUCACUGCUACUCUGCCCACUGUGCGAAUGAUCGUGGAAGUCAGCAAAGCUGCCUGUAUUCUCACAACCCAGACCUUAAUGAGACUACUGAAAUCCAGAGAGGCAGCUGCUGCUGUAGAUGUGAAAACCUGGCCAACUAUCAUUGACACAGAUGACUUGCCCAGGAAGCGGCUCUCUCAGAUCUAUAAGCCACCUACGCCGGAAAUGUUAGCAUAUCUAGAUUUUAGUGUUUCCACAACAGGCAUGCUUACAGGAGUAAAGAUGUCCCACGCAGCAGUGAGUGGCCUUUGCAGGGCAAUCAAGCUUCAAUGUGAGCUCUACUCGUCUCGGCAGAUUGCAAUUUGUCUUGACCCCUAUUGUGGACUAGGUUUCGUGCUCUGGUGCCUUUGCAGCGUGUAUUCUGGACAUCAGUCAAUUUUAAUUCCUCCUAUGGAGCUGGAAUCCAAUCUUUUCCUCUGGUUAUCUACUGUCAGCCAGUAUAAAAUAAGGGACACUUUCUGUUCCUAUUCAGUCAUGGAACUGUGCACAAAGGGACUUGGAAACCAAGUUGAAAUGUUAAAGGCACGAGGAAUUAAUCUGUCCUGUGUCCGGACUUGUGUGGUAGUCGCAGAGGAACGGCCGCGAGUUUCUCUCACUCAUUCCUUCUCCAAACUCUUCAAAGACAUUGGCCUGUCGUCUCGUGCUGUAAGCACCACCUUCGGGUCAAGAGUCAACGUUGCCAUCUGUUUACAGGGAACGUCUGGACCUGAUCCCACCACAGUGUAUGUAGAUCUGAAAUCCUUGAGACAUGACAGAGUACGUCUAGUGGAAAGGGGAGCUCCACAAAGCCUGCUACUUUCAGAAUCUGGGAAGAUUUUACCUGGGGUCAAAGUAGUCAUUGUUAAUCCAGAGACAAAAGGACCUCUUGGAGAUUCUCAUCUUGGGGAGAUUUGGGUAAAUAGUCCACACACGGCCAGUGGCUACUAUACUAUCUAUGACAAUGAAACCCUUCAAGCUGAUCAUUUCAACACUCGUCUGAGCUUUGGCGACGCUGCUCAGACACUUUGGGCUCGGACCGGAUACCUUGGUUUUGUUCGUCGGACGGAGCUCACAGCUGCCAGUGGAGAGCGCCAUGAUGCACUGUAUGUUGUUGGAGCACUGGAUGAAACUUUGGAACUGAGGGGACUGCGUUACCAUCCAAUUGAUAUCGAGACUUCUGUAUCUCGAACGCACAGAAGCAUUGCUGAAUGUGCUGUAUUCACAUGGACCAACUUGCUUGUGGUUGUUGUGGAGCUGUGUGGCUGUGAACAGGAAGCCCUGGAUUUAGUUCCUCUAGUUACAAAUGUGGUCCUGGAAGAGCAUUACCUAAUUGUGGGAGUGGUGGUGGUAGUGGAUCCUGGAGUUAUUCCUAUCAAUUCCAGAGGAGAGAAACAACGAAUGCACCUCCGCGACAGUUUUCUAGCUGAUCAGUUAGACCCCAUAUAUGUAGCCUAUAACAUGUAACGUGUAUGGGGGAAGUGAUGUUUGGAAACUUUGCGGGACCACUAAAUGGCAAAGGGUGGCUAUAGAAAUGAAGCUGGUGAAUAUUACUAAUACUUGAUAUAAAGUUUGAGAUUGCUGCCAUAUUUCCUUCAUCUCAUCCUGUGGUAUUAAGAUCGCGUUAACUACCAACGGACAAAAGGAAAUGCGGUAGACAAUGGAGAACGUUUGUAACAGUUUACUGAAAUAUUAGCUUUAUAGAAAAUGCAAAGUUGAAAAGUGUUUGAGCUACAAAAUUCCUAAGGCCUUUACAGUAGUGUUACUUUUUUCAUCUGUUGUACAUAUUUGUAUUUUUAUCUAAUACUGUUUUAGGAUUCUAUAAGG